UCGAGCCUGGCAGGGGCGGGGCUCUGCGUGAGAGGCGCGCUGGGGACCCGCGGUGCCGGCCGGGGCGGGACCUGGGCAGGAGCAGGGCCGUGGCAGGAAGCCGGAAGCAGCCGCGGCCCCAGCUCGGAGACAUGGCGGGCGUUAAAGCUCUUGUGGCGUUGUCCUUCAGUGGGGCUAUUGGGUUGACUUUUCUCAUGCUGGGAUGUGCUUUAGAAGGUUACGGCGUGUACUGGCCCUUGUUUGUCCUGGUAUUCCACGCCAUCUCUCCCAUUCCCCAUUUCAUUGCCAAAAGAGCGACGUAUGACUCUGAUGCAGCAAGUAGUGCCUGUCGGGAACUGGCAUAUUUUUUCACUACUGGAAUUGUUGUUUCUGCCUUUGGAUUUCCUGUUAUUCUUGCUCGUGUGGCUGUGAUCAAAUGGGGAGCCUGUGGCCUUGUGCUGGCAGGCAAUGCAGUCAUUUUCCUUACAAUUCAAGGUUUUUUCCUUGUAUUUGGAAGAGGAGAUGAUUUUAGCUGGGAGCAGUGGUAGCACUUUGUUCUGAGAAAAUGCAUUUGAUUUCUUAGAAUUCAUACUAUAUGUGUAUAUGUGCACAUGUGGCCUUUCACUAUGAAAUUUCAUAUGCUGGGGUUUUUUAUACCUUUAAUAUCAUGUUCACUUUAAGGAAGACUACAUGAGAAAAAGUUUAAUUUUAUUCCCAGCAAAGAGACCUCUCCAUUUAUUCAAGUUGAAUUAUAUUAUUUGUUUGGCUGUUGAUAUGGUGCUUUCAGAAAAUAUAUUACGUAGGUUUUAGACAGCUGUUCACUUUUGCAGUGCUUCCACACCUUUUGCCUGAGAGAUGUGCUCUGGUAGGCAGGUAACACUGGAGCAGGUCUCAGUGCCGCUCAGGACUUGCAAGAUAUCCUUGUGGCUCAGGGAAGCAGAGGUGUUUGUGUUGUAGACUCUUUGUGGUGUGAACCCUUGCUUCUCAAAGUGUGGUCCAUCGACUGAGAGCAUCAGUAUCUCCUAGGAGCUUAUUACAAGUGCAUGACCAUAGGCCCUACCCUGGACCUAGUGUUGUCUUGUUGAGAUCCCAAGUGAAUCGUAUGUAUGUUAAAGUUUGACGAGCACUGUCACAGAGGACUUCAAGCAUCACACCGAGCUUCCUUGUCUUCCCCUUGGCUGAGCAACGUAACCUCUCUGGGCAUUAGCUGAUCAUUUGUAGAAGUUACUUCAACUACUCUCAUGUUCAAACUCUCUGGUAUUUGCAAAAUGUCCAAACCUGUAAUAUAUAGACUGUCCCUCAAAUUUAUGAAGUGCUCUCAGUAGGGAACAGCAGUGCCUUCCUACUGCCUGAAAGGCACGCUGUUUUCACAGUUUUCGGGGGACCGAAGAACCCCAGCACCCCACUGGGAUGUAGGGAGGGAGGCUGGGCUGGAACCCGUCCCCGCUUCAGCUGGAUAGGGAGGAAUAGGUGAUACUGUAUAAGUUCCUUCCCUGUGCUGCUCCGCGCUGGCCCCGCCCCUGCCCCACCUCCUGCGUAACACACUCCCAGCAGCUCCGAUUUGCUCUCACUGCCUCGCGGCUCUGGACUCUCCUUUCCAUAGAGACAGGGAGCCGAGUAAGCAAGUAGAGGGAGCUGCUUAGUUUUAAUUGCAUGUUGAUGUACUUUUUGUCUUCCACAUCCUAUAGGUAUUUAUAUGUAAUACUUUUUACCACUUUUAAAUGAAUCAUUGACAAUACAUGUCAUGCUGGAUUCUGUAAUCACAGUUUUUGUAGUUCAACUUUUUGUCCAAGACCUAUUAAGAAAGGGACUAUGGGAACUAAAACCACUUGAUCAGAAUAUAAGAAAUGUUAAAGCGUUGUUGAUGUGUGAUAACUGACAUACAUUGAAACACGGAAACCUUGAAGUUUGUAAUCUGAGUAAUUACAGACCCCUUCAUAUCCUAGAAUCUUGCUGGCUCUAGAAGAUAAAAGUGAGACCUAAAAGGAUAAUGUGCAAAGUUCUAUUUUGGCCUUGUGCAUGAUUUUCUGUUUUCAAUGUUCUGUGUACAUAUAGAAUUGUUAAAGUUGUCAUUCCCAAUAUUUAUAUUAGAAUAAUUAUGUAGACACUUUAUAAUUUUAAGCAGCAUUUUUUAUAACACUUGCACUUACUGUAAUAAAUUUCUUUUAACACUAAAGAAAAGAUUAAUUUUAAAAGUCUUUAUUCUAAUGUAACCUUGCUUAAAAGAAAAAAAAGUUAGACUUUCUUGGUAAUCCGAAAUGAGCAGUUUUGAGCAAUCAUCUGUCCUGCAAUAAUAUAACAGCAAUAAGUUUUAAGAUAUCAUUUUAAAUGUCUAGUCAUCUUGUAAUAACUUCUUUUCCUAACGUAGAAAUAGUUACAUUACCUUUUGCAAAAGUGGCUUUGUUCCUUGUGUGCAAUUCAAAUAGCCAAGGUCAAGGUAGCCUUAAUGUGUAGCCAAAAAGCAUUGCCUUUUGAUUGUAUUUCCAGAAUGAUAAAAGGUACUUCCAAUUAGAGUAUUUCUAGCUAUUCUCUAAUAAGGGAAUGGUUUAUUGAAGUGGUAGGUGAUUGAAUUUGUUAUGUGUCUGAAAACAGAGACACUUACCUUGCAGUGCCUAUGUAUCAUUUAAGUAAUAAACGUGAAUAGGAAGUAUUGCUAUAUAUGAAUGUGCAACACAGAAGUUUCACCUUGGUCACACGAACACUGGACAUUAUCUUUUCCUUAUAUGAGAGAUUGAUUUUUUCCCCUAUAUACUACAAUAUAGUUUGGAGAUUAAAAGCACAUUGGUUACAUUCUAAAACUAAGAAUAUGCAUACAAAAUUGCACACAAGUAAGUAAUUUUAUGAAAGGAUUCUAUCACGUUCCAAACAACUGGCUUACGGGUGGACUUUGAAAACACUUUCCCACAGAAACAAUGUUAUGAAUUGGUGACUGAGUUCCCAGGCCAAGCCAUCUGAGGCAUGCUUAACCCUAAUGUAGCUGAUCUAUAAUGCUCAAGGUACCUGCCUGAGUUUUGGGUCUUGGAAAGAGGAUAGUAUAAACAGUUUGGAGAAUGCAAAGUGUAAUUCCACCUCUUCCCAAGGACAAGGUCUUUCUCUGAGAGUUUUGCAGCCCUCCAUAACCCCAAAUGCCGUUGGAGUCCAGGUACACUCCUGUGAGGUUUGCUGGCCUCCUCUCCAACUUAGGGCCUUCCUCCUAGGCUGCCCUGCCUCCAGAGGUUCUUCACAUUCCAAAGUUACCCACCUUUCUACUCCUACCAAUCAGUUUUCUUGGUGUAGCUGAGAAAUUUACACAUUGGUGCUAAGAAGGCAAUGUAAUCAAAAUCCUUCCCAGAAAGAAUUAAUGACAUGGGAUCAUCUUCCCCACAUCUGAAACCCUUACCAGUACCUAUGUAGUCCUGCAUUUAGCACACAGUGCUGCAGCUGCGUUUUUACAUGGGAAUGCCUCAGAACCAAAUGACACAUUCACAGAAAAAUGUUCAGAGUGUUUCCAAGCAAAGUGCAAAAAGCAUUCCAGCAGUUCAUAGAAAGAGAAUACUGUUUUGGGGCAGGAGCAAUCCUGUCACAUCUCAUCCCAUCCUCAGGGUGAGUUCUCAGCUGGUCCACUUUUCAUAGUUGUUUCUUUUCCUCUACUUAUAAACUUACAGAUUUUUCUUAGAGUCCUUAAUAAGUCUUUACCCUUGGUAAAGGUAUCCCCUUGAAGAAGACUCCUUUCGUGGCUGAAAUGUUUCAUUUAGUUAAUAACAUUCCUUAUGCUCUCAGGGCAAUGCUUAAGAGAUGUCACAAAAAUCUGCCUUUUCAAAGUUUGCAAAAUUCAGAUUUUGCACAAUAAUUCAACAUAUUCAUGAGGAUGCUAGCAUUUUCCAAGCAUAGUAAUUAGUUCACAACUGGGGACCAUUACUUCCGUAGAUGAAUAUAAGUUGUGCAUUUUAAUUUCUUUUUCCAUUUUGCCUCCUGAAGUACCUUAUUUGUAAAAAUCCUAGUAUAUAAUAGCUCAUGAAUUAUAAUCUGCUUUUGAGUGGCCAUGCUACUGGAAUAGACCAGUGAUAUGUGUAACCCCAAAUGUGAUGUGACGGAUCACCAAGAUUGCUUUACAGAGUUCAUUAUACAUGUAUGAUGAGGAUGAUUACUUUCUAAAUAAAACUUGUCAUUCAUAUUUUAA